UGGAGAGUAAACGCGCGUCCAUUUCCAAAUUUUGAGUUUUAUUACUUUGCUCAGAACAAUAGCUGCCUUUCGAGAUAGUGACUUACGGCAGCAAAAGUUUUGAGAGGACUUCCUAUUCCCUUUUGGGACCAUGGUAGGACCGUUAAUAUGGGCGCUCAUGAUACUUCCGUUGACGACUUUUGGAAAUGUCCAAGGCGAAAGCCACAAAUGCAAGGUGAAACAGACAGAGCUCAUCUAUACCACUGACAAGUGCGGUAACAUGCUGACGAAGAGCAUCAGUGGUUGGACUUUGAACCAGACUAUGUCCAGUAUUAACGACGUAUCCCACGAACGUCUUAUGGAACUCAUCAUAUCCUGGAGCAGUCAUCCGAAUGAAAGUCCUGAAUGCGUCUUUCAAAAGAUGGUUGAGAAUGAAGUUGACAGUUGUUGCGCGGGAUAUAACGGGACGGAUUGUGCCCAAGCAAUCUGUGACCCGCCAUGCCAUAACGGCCAAUGUAUGAGUCCUAGCCUGUGCGAAUGUCACACCGGUUUUGGAGGUUACACCUGCGACGAGAGUAAACAAGAAAACGCAAAUGGUGAUCAGUACUGUUUCAACUACAAGUCCUGUGCUGGGGAGAAACUUCCAGGAUAUGAAGGAGCGGAGACGGCAUUUGGCACGUGUUGCUUAGCAGGGGGCGGAUCUUGGGGUCGUACGGGGCAAUCGUGCACAACUUGUCCGGCAGAAAAUCAAGAGAAACCUGCACAUCUCACAUGUGUAAACUUUGGAAAGAACCUGUACAUCACCUUCGACGGCCAUAGCUACAAUUUUGACGGGUCUUGCACCUACACUAUGGCAGAAGAAGUCAAUAUGUGGUCAGUUCAGCUGAACGUGGUCAACUGUGGUAUUGACCAGUCAUUCUUGGAGUGUAGAAAGGACAUAAUCAUCGAGUCAAACAGCCAGAAAGUGAGGAUCGAGGGAGGUAAACUUUAUGUUGGAGACGAUGAGAUUACCUUCAACAAGACGAAUUCCCUCCAAAUCACGCCAGCAAUCUCCGCUAGCACUGAAGGCGAUUUCCUGUUCGUUGUGAUCCAGGGAGGCGACGUUUACAUCAAAACGGAUCUCAAAACGUCCGUCUACGUUCAUAUGCAGCGUGGGCGAGCUCGUAAAAUGACCGGGCUGUGCGGGAACGCCAAUGAAGAUCCCUCGGAUGAUGAUUUCGGAUCUGGGUCGAUGGGCGCAAAUGAAAUGAAAAUCACAGUUCCCGGACAGUCGUGCCCCGAUGCAGGCCAUCCCGUGGACACAUGUACAACUGAACAAAAGAUAAUAGACUCCCAGUCAGCUUGUAGCUACGUCCACACCAUCUACAGUGGCAACAAAGCCGUUCAUCCAAAGAUCUGGUACGAAACGUGUGCUAGUGCCUUCUGUCAGGCGAAAACCUUUGAGGAGGAAGAGGAAGUGAAAUGUUCAACAAUGGAAGGAUAUGCCAGACAACUGGCUUCAUAUGGUAGCCCAGUUGAGUGGAGAAAUGCCUUCACCUGUCCAAAGGAAUGCCCAGAGGGGCGGCGCUACAGCCAAGGAAUGUCACGUUGUCCUCGCACCUGCGAAACCAUGUACCAGCCCAUGUCCCAAGACUGCUAUGACGACCCGAUUUCGGGGUGUGAAUGUAUUACUGGGACGGUGCUAUAUGAUGGCAAGUGUAUCCGCCCGAGCGAGUGUCCCUGCCUACACUAUGGGACCCGUUACAGUAGCGGGGAAACAUUCGCCGUUGACUGCAAUCACUGUACAUGUACGAUGGGUCGGCUUGAAUGCACGGAGUUAGAGUGUUCCUCCACGUGCACACUAACAGGAUACAACCACGUGACCACGUUUGACGGCCAGACUUAUGACUUCGACGUCGGAGAUCAGGAAUGUGUAUACUCGCUCGUUACGCCAACGGAAGAAUCUCUGGUUGAAGACGAACACAACAACAUUUAUAUCUCCAUAACAACGCGGGUCUGCGACGAAAUCCCCAACGCUCGAUGUAUUGCUGGCAUUAUCGUCAGAAUCCGAGACACCCAAGUGAUCGUGGAAAAACACCAAGUCUACUUAAAUGACGUAUCAGUCCAGAUUCCGUACUCCGAUGACGUCAUGUACAUUAAACAGGCUACGUCACAGUUCCUGGUUAUUCGAGGAUUUAAUUGUACAGUGAUGUAUGACGGGAACCAACGGCUCUACAUCAAUUUGGGACCAUAUUAUGAAAAUAAGGUUCUAGGUAUGUGUGGCAAGUACAACAAGAUUACCGGCGACGACAUGGAGGCAGAGGGCAUCGUACAGCCCCAGCCCCAGGACUUUACGUACUUCUAUGGUGAAAACCAAUGCCGAGAACGGACAAACUUGACAAAGCCCUGCGAUGCCCAACCGCAACUGAAAUACCAAGCCGAGGAAAAAUGCGCUCACUUGAAGAACCCUGAUUUCUUAGGAGGAUGCCGAGCUUAUCUUCUGGAUUUGACAUACCACUAUGACCGCUGUGUGUCUGACAUGUGCCGACAAGGCGUGGCCUCCGAAUUUACACCUAUGUGUACGUGGACCGGGGCUAUCACGAGGAUAUGCGCCUCCAAAAGGUUCAUUCUAGACUGGAAAUUCAACAACGAAACAAUCCACUGCAUUGACACACUGAUGAGUUGCAACAACGCCGGCAGAGGGACCCGGUACAAGGAGUGUGCCUCCACGUGUCAUGGUCACUGUCGGGAUUUACAGGUGGGAGACCCAAACUGUGAGGAAAGUUGCCUUCCCGGUUGCCAGUGCCCGUUCAACCAGUUUCUGGACGACGAAAAAACAUGCGUGCCAAUCCAUGAGUGUACCUGUUACAAUGACGAUAAACCAAAAACGGUUUACAGAAGUGGCGAUGAGAUUGUAAAAGACUGCAAACAAUGUACUUGUUCAAACGGAACUUGGAGUUGCGUUAAAAUGAAUGACUGCGUUGGUCCCAAAGUCACGUGUCCGAACAACAUGCACUACUACGAGCACUCGUCGUGUGACCAGGGCCUCUCGUGUGAUACGUUUACGGCGAACAAACAGUGCCAAGGAACAUAUUCAGGAUGUGGUUGUGAAUCCGGGCUUGUCAUCGCUGGAAAUGGAACCGUGUGCCUUCCGUUCAGCGAAUGUCCGUGUGUCUACGCGGGUCAGCACUAUCCUUACGGUUACAGACUGAUGGCUGGGUGUAAGCGCAUAGAAUGUAUGAAUACAACAUGGGUGACGGUAGAAGAACUCGAUUGCGCUGCUAUGUGUUGGGCCUCCGGCGAUCCCCAUUACAACACCUUUGAUGGAUCCUCGUUUUCGUUCAUGGGCACCUGCUCCUACACCCUCGCGAAAGACGUGGACGGAAUUUUUGAAAUUACCGCUGCCAACGUGCCGUGUGGAUCUACCGGUGUCACGUGCACCAAAUCCGUCAAGAUUUCGAUUAACAACCAGACGCUACAGCUAGUGAGGGGACGGGACAUGGAGAUAGGGGCCACCAGCAUAUCCUCCAACCAGUACUAUACCAAAGGCUUGGUCGUAGAAACAAUAGGAAACGAAUUCAUCACGGUUAUCGCACCUGAUUUGGGCAUCACUGUUAAAUACGAUCAAGGAACACGAGUGUACAUUUACCUGUCCGAGCGCUGGAAGGGUCGUGUCAAGGGUCUGUGCGGCAACUACGACGGCAGCAGUAAGAACGACUACGAGAGCAGUAUGGGUGGUGUCUCCCUCAUGUCCGAGUUUGUGAACAGUUGGCGAAAACAGAGCAGCUGUCCUGAGAUUCCCCACGAUGCUGUCUUACCGGAGCCGUGUGCUGGAGGUCUAGCAAUAAGGAAGUAUUGGGCACAGGAGAAAUGCGAGUUGAUCCGAAAUCCACAAGGAGAAUUUGCUAGUUGUAUUGCUCAAUCGAUGCCAUCCACAAUCGAAUCGUACUACAAAGAAUGCUUAUUUGACGCUUGCGGUUGUGACCAAGGGGGCGACUGCGAAUGUUUGUGCACGGCUAUAUCCAACUUCGCGGAUUAUUGUAACGGACUCGGUGUCUACAUCAAAUGGCGGACAAAGUGGCUUUGCCCCAUGCAGUGCGACAACCAUCUUGUGUACGAGGCCUGUGGGGAUCCAUGUCCGCAAACGUGUAAAAACAUCGACCAAGACAAGCCAGAAUAUUGCAACCAGAUCAAAUGUAACGAAGGGUGCUUCUGUCCACCAGGAACUGUCCGAGACAGAGACAAGUGUGUCCCAGUAUCCACUUGUCCAUGUUACGACACAGAUGGCAAGAUGUACCCGCCAGACACUGUAAUUGAAAAAGACUGUCAGAAAUGUGUGUGUACAAACGGUUCAUUAAUCUGCGAGGGAGCAACGUGUUUCUGCAACGACAACGAGUACCAAUGCAAAGAUGGCCAAUGUGUGAACGGGACUAAAAAAUGUAACGGCGUCGUGGACUGUUUGGACGCAAGCGAUGAAGAAAAUUGCGUGACCACGUGUAACCCAAAUGAUUUUAAAUGCAACGACGGCACGUGUAUUUCCAAGGUAUAUGUGUGUGACGAGGAUUAUGACUGUAAGGACGGAAGUGACGAAAAAAAUUGCACAAACUGUACAGAGCAAGAAUUCCAGUGCAAGAAUAAAAAGUGUAUCUCGAAAGAACAUGUUUGCGAUGACGACCACGACUGUGGUAUAUACGACCACUCAGAUGAGGAAAAUUGUACCACCACUACUACAUCUUCUACAACAACGUAUCAAACUACAACUUCUAGCCCGACCACAACGCUCAGUCCGACAACAACAUCAAGCCCGACGUCAACGUCCAGCCCAACAACAACGUCGAGUCCGACUACCACGUCCAGCCCGACUACCACGUCCAGCCCGACUACAACGUCCAGCCCAACUACAACGUCCAGCCCGACUACAACGUCCAGCCCGACUACAACGUCCAGCCCGACUACAACGUCUAGCCCGACAACAAUGUCCAGCCCAUCAACAACGUCCAGCCCGACUACAACGUCCAGCCCGACAACCACGUCCAGCCCGACUACAACGUCCAGCCCGACUACCACGUCCAGCCCGACAACCACGUCCAGCCCGACUACAACGUCCAGCCCGACUACCACGUCAAGCCCGACAACCACGUCCAGUCCGACUACAACGUCCAGCCCGACUACAACGUCCAGCCCGACAACAACAUCCAGCCCGACUACAACGUCCAGCCCGACUACAACGUCCAGCCCGACUACAACGUCCAGCCCGACAACCACGUCCAGCCCAACUUCAACGUCCAGCCCAACAACAACGUCAUAUCCGACAACAACAUCGAGCUCGACUUCAACUCCUAGUUCUACUUCAACUUCUACUCCAACCACAACGACUAGUACAGUUGCGCCAUGCGUCGAUAUAGAUGGAAUGGGCAAUCCAUCGUUGAUACCGACUAACAAUAUUGUCGUGCAGGGAAGUCCCGAUGAAUCGCCGGCGACAAAAGAUAAGCUUCGACCAACUUCGGAGGAGCCGUAUGGAUUUAGCGCACCGAGUAGAACCUUCAAGAUAAGAUUCGACACUCCCAAGCGCGUUGGAAGUAUUAGCCUCGGAUACUAUUCACAUAUUACUGGAUACAAUGUGGAGUUCGUUCAAGACGGUGUUACAUUAUUCGAACAGAGGUACACCGAGGAUGAGACCGCUUAUUCUGCGAACGCAACUUCCGUUACAGAGAUUAUAAUCACAGUGGAUGCUAGUUCUGUGGGUCAGAUGGUUGGAGCCGAAGUGGAAUUGGACAUCCGUUUAUGUGAAGAGGCAACAACUACAUCAUCCACCACCACCUCCUCCACCACCACACCAACUGUGACAACAACGUCCAGCCCGACUACAACGUCCAGCCCGACUACAACGUCCAGCCCGACUACAACGUCCAGCCCGACUACAACGUCCAGCCCGACUACAACGUCCAGUCCGACAACCACGUCCAGCCCAACUUCAACGUCCAGCCCAACAACAACGUCAUAUCCGACAACAACAUCGAGCUCGACUUCAACUCCUAGUUCUACUUCAACUUCUACUCCAACCACAACGACUAGUACAGUUACGCCAUGCGUCGAUAUAGAUGGAAUGGGCAAUCCAUCGUUGAUACCGACUAACAAUAUUGUCGUGCAGGGAAGUCCCGAUGAAUCGCCGGCGACAAAAGAUAAGCUUCGACCAACUUCGGAGGAGCCGUAUGGAUUUAGCGCACCGAGUAGAACCUUCAAGAUAAUAUUCGACACUCCCAAGCGCGUUGGAAGUAUUAGCCUCGGAUACUAUUCACAUAUUACUGGAUACAAUGUCGAGUUCGUUCAAGACGGUGUUACAUUAUUCGAACAGAGGUACACCGAGGAUGAGACCGCUUAUUCUGCGAACGCAACUUCCGUUACAGAGAUUAUAAUCACAGUGGAUGCUAGUUCUGUGGGUCAGAUGGUUGGAGCCGAAGUGGAAUUGGACAUCCGUUUAUGUGAAGAGGCAACAACAACAUCAUCCACCACCACCUCCUCCACCACCACACCAACUGUGACAACAACGACGUACCCUUGUCAGGACCUUAAUGGGAUGGACGAGCCGUACAUUAUUCCAACGAAUGGUUUAGGUAUCAUUGGACAAGGAACAACUACAGAUGACGUUGAAAAACUAAGGACAUCAUCUCCAGGAUCGUUUGUGAUUGAAAAUGACCGAGUAAUUGUGGCCAUAACAUUCCGUGAUACUGUACAGUUAGGGAGGGUGGAUCUAGUAGGCGACGAAAAUAUUAAAGAGUUCUCCGUCUUGUACGAAACAUCCAGUGGUAAAGAAUUCACUUCUCAAAACUUUACCAGCAGCGAAGUUGCAAGAUUCUCUGACGCUGUAAACGUGGCGAAGCUCUACAUCGUCGUGACAAGAAAUCCCGAAUCUGUUGGACAAGCCGUUUUUAAAUUAGACGUCCGGAUUUGCUACACUCCGUCAACUACAACGACCACUUCCACUACGACAGUCACCACUUCACCUACAAUAACAACAACACCACAUACUUGGCCAUGUCAAGAAACAAACGGGAUGGAUUCGAAAUAUGAAAUCACGCCGACAGAGAACAUCACUAUUAUUGGUCAAUCUUCGACCGAAUCCGAAAUCGAAAAACUCCGGAGUACAUCCACCGCGGGACCAUUUGUUAUUGUGGAACAAACAGUUGAGAUCAAAAUUCGUUUCUCCUCUGACAUCCAACUCGGACUUGUCGACCUCACAGAUGAGACGAAUAUCCAAAGCUUUACUGUAGUUUACGUGGACAAAUAUGGUGUAAAUUCGACAGAAACGACAUACGGAAGUACAGACAUGGCGAAAUACAAAGAUGCAACCAAUGUUCAGUAUCUGAUAUUGAAAAUCUCAAAGGCCAAUCCAGCCGAAGAAGCGUCAUUUAAGUUGGAUCUGCGCGUUUGCUACGAAUGCGUUGACAAAAUGUUAACAUCUAUGACUGGUACCUUAUUCUCCGUUUCAACCGGAAUGCCGAGGAACUUACCAACCUCUGAUUUAUUUUCGGAAACAUCGACCGGAUUAAAGAUUUUUCCACCUGCCGAUGAUUACCUUCUGAUUUCAAUCAGUCCACCAGAACAAGUGACAUAUUUUUCUAUGCAUGUAUCUACAAACGUCAACUUAGUGACUGUCACAUUAUUUUUGGAGAACGUGGAGCAGGAGACGAAAUAUGCCGUUGUUAAAAGUGGAAUUCUUGAAGUUUCCAUGCCAUUUGGUGUUAAUCUAGAUCAACUCAAACUGAAAUUCGAUGUUUCUGAAGAAAUAACAAUCGCAAAUAUAAAGAUCCGUGCAUGUACUGUGCCCGCCGGAAACGGAACCACUCCUCCAACUGUGAUACCAACUAUACCUACUCAUACUACACCAACGACUACAACAUACUCAACGUUCUCAGAAACGACGUCGACAACAACAACGUCACCGACCACAACGUCGCCACCGACCACAACAUCGUCGCCGACAACAACGUCGUCACCGACCACAACAUCUUCACCGACAACAACGUCGUCACCGACCACAACAUCAUCACCGACAACAACAUCGUCACCGACAACAACGUCGUCACCGACCACAACAUCGUCACCGACCACAACAUCGUCACCGACAACAACAACGUCGCCAACUGUGACAACGCCCGCGUAUCCGUGUCAGGACCUUAAUGGGAUGGACGAGCCGUACAUUAUUCCAACGAAUGGUUUAGGUAUCAUUGGACAAGGAACAACUACAGAUGACGUUGAAAAACUAAGGACAUCAUCUCCAGGAUCGUUUGUGAUUAAAAAUGACCGAGUAAUUGUGGUUAUAACAUUCCGUGAUGCUGUACAGUUGGGGAGAGUGGAUCUAGUAGGCGACGAAAAUAUUGAAAAAUACUCCGUCGUGUACGAAACAUCCAGUGGUGAAGAAUCCGCUGAUCAAAACUUUACCAGCAGCGAAGUUGCAAAAUUCUCUAAAGCUGUAAACGUGACGAAGCUCUACAUCGUCGUGACAAGAAAUCCCGAAUCUGUUGGACAAGCCGUUUUUAAAUUAGACGUCCGGAUUUGCUACACUCCGUCAACUACAACGACCACUUCCACUACGACAGUCACCACUUCACCUACAAUAACAACAACACCACAUACUUGGCCGUGUCAAGAAACAAACGGGAUGGAUUCAAAAUAUGAAAUCACGCCGACAGAGAACAUCACUGUUAUUGGUCAAUCUUCGACCGAAUCCGAAAUCGAAAAACUCCGGAGUACAAACAUCGCGGGACCAUUUGUUAUUGUGGGACAAACAGUUGAGAUCAAAAUUCGAUUUUCCUCUUACAUCCAACUCGGACGGGUGGACCUCACAGAUGAGACGAAUAUUCAAAGCUUUACCGUAGUUUACGUGGACAAAUAUGGUGCAAAUUCGACAGAAACGACAUACGGAAGUACAGACAUGGCGAAAUACAAAGAUGCAACCAAUGUUCAGUAUCUGAUAUUGAAAAUCUCAAAGGCCAAUCCAACCGAAGAAGCGUCAUUUAAGUUGGAUCUGCGCGUUUGCUACGAAACGACGUCGACAACAACAACAACAACAACAACAACAACAACGUCACCGACCACAACAACAUCGUCACCGACAACAACAUCGUCACCGACAACAACAUCGUCACCGACAACAACGUCGUCACCGACCACAACGUCGUCACCGACAACAACAUCGUCACCUACCACAACAUCGUCACCGACCACAACAUCGUCACCGACAACAACGUCGUCACCGACAACAACGACGUCAUCGACAUCAAUAUCGUCACCGACCACAACGUCGUCACCGACAACAACAUCGUCACCGACAACAACGUCGUCACCGACAACAACGUCGUCACCGACCACAACGUCGUCACCGACCACAACGUCGUCACCGACAACAACGUCGUCAUCGUCCACAACAUCGUCACCGACCACAACAUCGUCACCGUCCACAACAUCGUCAUCGUCCACAACAUCGUCACCGUCCACAACAUCGUCACCGACAACAACAUCGUCACCGACAACAACGUCGUCACCGACCACAACAUCGUCACCGACCACAACAUCGUCACCGACAACAACGUCGUCACCGACCACAACGUCGUCACCGACCACAACAUCGUCACCGACAACAACGUCGUCACCGACAACAACGACGUCAUCGACAUCAACAUCGUCACCGACCACAACGUCGUCACCCACAACAACAUCGUCACCGACAACCACAUCGUCACCGACAACAACGUCGUCACCGACCACAACGUCGUCACCGACCACAACAUCGUCACCGACAACAACGUCGUCACCGACCACAACAUCGUCACCGACAACAACGACGUCAUCGACAUCAACAUCGUCACCGACAACAACGUCGUCACCGACCACAACAUCUUCACCGACAACAACAUCUUCACCGACCACAACGUCGUCACUUACAACAACUUCACCGACAACCUCAACGUCACCGACCACAACGUCGCCGACACCAAGUACUUCAACGGCAGUUUAUCCUUGUCAAGAAGUGGACGCAAUGAAGGAUUCCUUUAUUAUUCCAACUUCGAGCAUAAAAGUAUAUGUGCCCACUGAAAACUCGACGUUAGAGAAAAGAUUAUCAACAGAUAACAGAACCACGCUCAUUGAUAGCAUAAGGUCAUCAUCUGCGAAUGGAUUUAACAUGGAAGAUGCGUCGGUCAUAGUUAUUAACAUAACACUGGCAGGCUCCACCACCGUUGGAAGGGUGGAUUUAAUCGACGAUGAGAAUAUUGCAUAUUACACCGUGGAAAUGUACACAACGAGUGGCGUUAUCUCCGAACAGGUGUUUAAUGCGUCGGAAAUAGCGAAGUAUCGCGAAGCAUAUGAUGUAAUAGGGAUAGCCAUUACCGUCUUCAAAGGUGCAUCUCCAACGCCGGGUGUAUUCCAGCUGGACAUAAGAAUAUGUUACGAAUGUGUUUCGGAGAUGCUAGAUGGCCAAGGAGAAGUUUUGUUGUACUCCGAGAGCCAACUUUCGCCAAAGAGCAAUACCGGUUUUUAUGUACUGAACGCGGAUGAGGCCUAUGUCACGAUGCUUUUUGAUGACGUCCAACGUGUAACACUCGUGUCUUUUACAGUCUCGAGCAACGUAUUUGCUGUAAAUGUCGAUUACCUGGAUUCGCACAGUUCCGUCGACCCUGUGUACACGGAGGUCGCCGGUGUGAGUGGGAACAACGAAGUCUCUGUUGACACCCAACAUGGCAUACCUGCUCGGGCGGUGAAAUUGACCUUCAGUAAAACUGACUCCAACAAAGUCAUCAUAAAUAAUUUAGCUAUCUCAGCUUGUCUGGUAGAAGUUAUUACUACAACAACACCGUACUCUACAGCCACGACGACAACACCGUACACCCCAACAACAACACCAAGCACAACAACACCAGAAGUGUGCGCUUAUCCACUGAUUCUGAAUAAUGACACAAUGUCCACCCUUGGAUUUGAGGUGGAUGGCGUUGACGCAAGUGUUUUAAACGCAAUAAGUACCGGUGCAGGAACAGUAUAUUACCUUCGAUCAACGGAACGAAAAGACUUUGUCACAUUUAAACUGGCAUAUGAAGUGGGACUUUCAAAGGUUGAAUUUGAGUCGCAGUUUGUGGAGACGUAUACUUUAGAAUUAAAGGAAUUUGAAACAACCGAACCAGAAGUGAUUGUGGAAGUUGCCAGAUUCCCAGAGGAGGUUUCAAAGCAAGGACGAACAUUUGCUAUGGGUCUAUUUAAUGUCUCAGAAGUCACUAUAAGAAUAACCAAGAAAGAUUCUUCGUCAGAUAGAAAACCGUUUAUUAAAAACCUGGCUCUGUACGUCUGUCCUGAGGAGGAAAUCCAAAGUACGACAACAACCACAACAACAACGUCCUCAACAUCAGAGACCACUCCAAGCACAUUUUCAUCGACGUCACCACCACCAACUACCACACCGUAUGUGUGUGAUUCGCCUUACCUUAAGUGUCCAGAUGAAGACAGAUGCUAUAAACCAUGUGACAAUAUACCGGAAUGUCGUUUUGGCUGGGAUGAAAUGGACUGCAUAACAACAGUAGAAACAACAACAACAACUACGUCAACUACAACGUCCAUACCAACAACUACAGUGCCGUGUGACGAAAGUUAUGAAUACGUCUGUGAGACUGGUCAAUGUAUUGAGAAGACUGAAGUUUGUGAUGGUAAAUGUGACUGUUUCCAAACGUGCGAUGAUGAAUACCCUUGUACAACAACACCAACAUUUUCUACACCAACACUGUCAACCACGACAACAACAUCGACAACUACUACAACGUCGUCACCGACCACAACAUCUACACCGACAACAACGUCGUCACCGACAACAACAUCGUCAUCGACCACAACCUCGUCACCGACAACAACGUCUUCAACGACCACAACGUCAUCACCGACAACAACUUCGUCAACGACCACAACAUCGUCAACGACGACAACUUCGUCACCGACCACAACAUCGUCACAGACAACAACGUCGUCACCGACAACAACGUCUUCUCCGACUACAACGUCGUCACCUACCACAACGUCUUCACCGACAACAACGUCUUCACCGUCCACAACGUCUUCAUCGACAACAACGUCUUCAUCGACCACAACAUCGUCACCUACAACAACGUCGUCACCGACAACAACAUCGUCACCGACCACAACCUCGUCACCGACAACAACGUCUUCACCGACCACAACGUCUUCACCGACAACAACAUCGUCACCGACCACAACCUCGUCACCGACAACAACGUCUUCACCGACUACAACGUCUUCACCGACUACAACGUCGUCACCGACUACAACAUCCUCACCAACCACAACGUCUUCACCGACAACAACGUCGUCACCGACCACAACACCGACCACAGCCUCGUCACCAACAACAACGUCGUCACCGACCACAACAUCGUCAACGACCACAACGUCGUCACCGACCACAACAUCGUCACCGACCACAACGUCGUCACCGACAACAACGUCGUCACCGACAACAACGUCUUCACCGACAUCAACGUCUUCUCCGACCACAACGUCUUCAUCGACAACAACGUCUUCACCGACCACAACAUCGUCACCUACAACAACGUCGUCACCGACAACAACAUCGUCACCGACCACAACAUCGUCACCGACAACAACGUCUUCACCGACCACAACGUCUUCACCGACUACAACGUCUUCACCGACAACAACUUCGUCAACGGCCACAACAUCGUCAACGACGACAACUUCGUCACCGACCACAACAUCGUCACCGACAACAACGUCGUCACCGACAACAACAUCGUCACCAACAACAACGUCGUCAACGACCACAACAUCGUCACCGACAACAACGUCUUCACCGUCCACAACGUCUUCAUUGACAACAACGUCUUCACCGACCACAACAUCGUCACCUACAACAACAUCGUCACCGACAACAACAUCGUCACCGACCACAACCUCGUCACCGACAACAACGUCUUCACCGACCACAACGUCUUCACCGACAACAACAUCGUCACCGACCACAACCUCGUCACCGACAACAACGUCUUCACCGACUACAACGUCUUCACCGACUACAACAUCGUCACCGACUACAACAUCCUCACCAACCACAACGUCUUCACCGACAACAACGUCGUCACCGACCACAACACCGACCACAGCCUCAUCACCAACAACAACGUCGUCACCGACCACAACAUCGUCAACGACCACAACGUCGUCACCGACCACAACAUCAUCACCGACCACAACGUCGUCACCGACAACAACGUCGUCACCGACAACAACGUCUUCACCGACAUCAACGUCUUCUCCGACCACAACGUCUUCAUCGACAACAACGUCUUCACCGACCACAACAUCGUCACCUACAACAACGUCGUCACCGACAACAACAUCGUCACCGACCACAACAUCGUCACCGACAACAACGUCUUCACCGACCACAACGUCUUCACCGACUACAACGUCUUCACCGACUACAACGUCGUCACCGACCACAACAUCAUCACCGACCACAACAUCGUCACCGACAACAACAUCGUCACCGACAACAACGUCUUCACCGACUACAACGUCAUAUAAUUGGCCGUGUCAAGAGACUAAAGGGAUGGAUGAUGAAGAUAUAACACCUUCGGAGAACAUUACAGUUGAGGGUCAGGUCGCAAGUCCAUCAGCCAUUGAAAACCUUCGGGGAAAUUCAACCACCGGACCAUUUGUUGUUACGGCAAAUACGGUUACAAUAACCAUUGUGCUUAUUCCCGCCAUGCAAGUGGGUCGAGCUGACCUGAUAGGCGAUCAGAAUAUUAGUACCUUUAGCGUGAAGUUUAUAUCCAAUGGGACAACUUCUGAAGAAACAACGUACGAUAGUUCGGACAUGGCAAAGUUCAAAGAUGCCGUGAAUGUUGAAGCCGUAAUAUUGACAAUAACGUUGGGAACGCAGUCCAAUGUAGGGUCCUUCAAAUUGGAUCUACGUGUUUGCAAUGUACCGUCCGGCAAUGGAACAACUUUACCAACAGUGACGCCAUAUAUAUCUGAAUCUACGUCAACUACCACAUCAUACACAACCUUCUCAGAAACUACAUCGACAACAACAACGUCACCGACAACAACGUCGUCACCAACAACAACGUCGUCACCGACCACAACGUCUUCACCGACAACAACGUCUUCACCGACAACAACGUCUUCACCGACCACAACAUCGUCACCGACGACAACUUCUUCACCGACGACAACGUCGUCACCGACUACAACAUCGUCACCGACCACAACGUCUUCACCUACUACAACAUCGUCACCGUCGACAACGUCAUCACCGACGACAACUUCGUCACCGACCACAACAUCGUCACCGACAACAACGUCGUCACCGACAACAACAUCGUCACCGACGACAACGUCUUCACCGACUACAACAUCAUCACCGACCACAACAUCGUCACCUACUACAACAUCGUCACCGUCGACAACGUCACCGACGACAACUUCGUCACCGACGACAACGUCAUCACCGACAACAACUUCGUCACCGACCACAACAUCGUCACCGACCACAACAUCGUCACCGACAACAACGUCGUCACCGACAACAACAUCGUCACCGACGACAACGUCUUCACCGACGACAACGUCGUCACCGACUACAACAUCGUCACCGACCACAACGUCUUCACCUACUACCACAUCGUCACCGUCGACAACGUCAUCACCGACCACAACUUCGUCACCGACGACAACGUCAUCACCGACAACAACUUCGUCACCGACAACGACGUCAUCACCGACCACAACUUCAUCACCGACAACAACGUCGUCACCGACAACAACAUCGUCACCGACGACAACGUCUUCACCGACGACAACGUCUUCACCGACGACAACGUCGUCACCGACUACAACAUCGUCACCGACCACAACGUCUUCACCUACUACAACAUCGUCAUCGUCGACAACGUCUUCACCGACGACAACUUCGUCAAAGACGACAACGUCAUCACCGACAUCAACUUCGUCACCGACCACAACAUCGUCACCGACAACAACUUCGUCACCGACAACAACAUCAUCACCGACAACAACGUCGUCACCGACAACAACAUCGUCACCGACCACAACGUCUUCCCCGACGACAACGUCGUCACCGACUUCAACAUCGUCACCGACCACAACGUCUUCACCGACAACAACGUCGUCACCGACUACAACAUCGUCACCGACGACAACGUCGUCACCGACCACAACCUCGUCACCAACAACAACGUCGUCAACGACCACAACAUCGUCACCGACGACAACGUCGUCACCGACCACAACCUCGUCACCAACAACAACGUCGUCGACGACCACAACGUCGUCACCGACAACAACGUCGUCACCGACCACAACAUCAUCACCGACCACAACAUCGUCACCGACAACAACGUCGUCACCGACAACAACGUCUUCUCAGACCACAACGUCGUCACCUACAACAACGUCUUCACCGACAACAACGUCUUCGCCGUCCACAACGUCUUUAUCGACAACAACGUCUUCACCGACCACAACAUCGUCACCUACAACAACGUCGUCAUCGACAACAACAUCGUCACCGACCACAACCUCGUCACCGACAACAACGUCUUCACCGACCACAACGUCUUCACCGACAACAACAUCGUCACCGACCACAACCUCGUCACCGACAACAACGUCUUCACCGACUACAACGUCUUCACCGACUACAACGUCGUCACCGACAACAACAUCGUCACCGACCACAACCUCGUCACCGACAACAACGUCUUCACCGACCACAACGUCUUCACCGACAACAACAUCGUCACCGACCACAACCUCGUCACCGACAACAACGUCUUCACCGACUACAACGUCUUCACCGACAACAACGUCGUCACCGACUACAACAUCGUCACCGACAACAACGUCGUCACCGACAACAACGUCUUCACCGACAACAACGUCUUCUCCGACCACAACAUCGUCACCUACCACAACGUCUUCACCGACAACAACGUCUUCACCGUCCACAACGUCUUCAUCGACAACAACGUCUUCACCGACCACAACAUCGUCACCUACAACAACGUCGUCACCGACAACAACAUCGUCACCGACCACAACCUCGUCACCGACAACAACGUCUUCUACGACCACAACGUCUUCACCGACAACAACAUCGUCACCGACCACAACAUCGUCACCAACAACAACGUCUUCACCGACCACAACAUCGUCACCGACUACAACGUCGUCACCGACCACAACAUCAUCACCGACCACAACAUCGUCACCGACAACAACGUCGUCACCGACAACAACGUCGUCACCGACAACAACGUCGUCACCGACUACAACGUCAUAUAAUUGGCCGUGUCAAGAGACUAAAGGGAUGGAUGAUGAAGAUAUAACACCUUCGGAGAACAUUACAGUUGAGGGUCAGGUCGCAAGUCCAUCAGACAUUGAAAACCUUCGGGGAAAUUCAACCACCGGACCAUUUGUUGUUACUGCAAAUACGGUUACAAUAACCAUUGUGCUUAUUCCCGCCAUGCAAGUGGGUCGAGCUGAUCUGAUAGACGAUCAGAAUAUUGAUACCUUUAGCGUGAAGUUUAUAUCCAAUGGGACAACUUCUGAAGAAACAACGUACGAUAGUUCGGACAUGGCAAAGUUCAAAGAUGCAGUGAAUGUUGACGCCGUAAUAUUGACAAUAACGUUGGUUUCGUCCUCCGAUGUAGGGUCCUUCAAAUUGGAUCUACGUGUUUGCAAUGUAACGUCUGGCAGUGGAACAACUUUACCAACAGUGACGCCAUAUAUAUCUGAAUCAACGUCAACUACCACAUCAUACACAACAUUCUCAGAGACUACAUCGACAACAACAACGUCACCGACAACAACAACAACAGCAACGUCACCGACAACAACGUCAUCACCUACCACAACGUCUUCUCCGACCACAACAUCUUCACCGACAACAACAUCGUCACCGACCACAACAUCGUCACCGACCACUACAUCAUCACCAACAACAACAUCCUCACCGACCACAACGUCGUCACCGACAACAACAUCGUCACCGACGACAACAUCGUCACCGACGACAACAUCUUCACCUACAACAACAUCUUCACAUACCACAACGUCUUCACCAACAACAACGUCGUCACCGACCACAACGUCUAUAUCGACAACAACGUCUUCACCAACAACAACGUCUUCACCGACGACAACGUCGUCACCGACUACAACGUCGUCACCGACUACAACCUCGUCACCGACCACAACGUCUUCAUCUACUACAUCAUCGUCACCGACCACAACGUCGUCAACAACAACAACGUCGUCACCGACGACAACGUCGUCACCGACCACAACAUCAUCACCUACAACAACGUCAUCACCGACAACAUCUUCGUCACCGACCACAACAUCUUCACCUACAACAACGUCGUCACCGACCACAACGUCGUCACCGACAACAACGUCAUCACCGACAACAACUUCGUCACCGACCACAACAUCUUCACCUACAACAACGUCGUCACCGACAACAACAUCGUCACCGACCACAACGUCGUUAACAACAACAACAUCGUCACCGACAACAACGUCUUCACCGACAACAACGUCGUCAACGACCACAACGUCGUCAACAACAACAACGUCGUCACCGACCACAACGUCGUCACCGACGACAACGUCAUCGCCGACAACAACGUCGUCACCGACCACAACAUCAUCACCUACAACAACGUCGUCACCGACUACAACAUCGUCACCGACCACAACGUCGUCACCGACCACAACGUCGUCAUCGACCACAACGUCGUCACCGACCACAACGUCUUCACCGACAACAACGACGUCACCGACAACAACGUCUUCACCGACAACAACGUCGUCACCGACCACAACGUCGUCACCGACCACAACGUCACCGACAACAACGUCGUCACCGACAACAACGUCGUCAUCGACCAGUACGUCGUCACCGUCAACAACGUCGUCACAGACUACUACGUCGUCACCGACCACAACGUCUUCUCCGACCACAACAUCUUCACCGACAACAACAUCGUCACCGACCACAACAUCGUCACCAACAACUACAUCAUCACCAACAACAACCUCGUCACCGACCACAACGUCGUCACCGACAACAACAUCGUCACCGACCACAACAUCGUCACCGACCACUACAUCAUCACCAACAACAACAUCGUCACCGACCACAACGUCGUCACCGACGACAACAUCGUCACCGACGACAACAUCGUCACCGACGACAACAUCUUCACCUACAACAACAUCUUCACAUACCACAACGUCUUCACCAACAACAACGUCGGCACCGACCACAACGUCUACAUCGACAACAACAUCGUCACCGACCACUACAUCAUCACCAACAACAACAUCGUCACCGACCACAACGUCGUCACCGACGACAACAUCGUCACCGACGACAACAUCGUCACCGACGACAACAUCUUCACCUACAACAACAUCUUCACAUACCACAACGUCUUCACCAACAACAACGUCGUCACCGACCACAACGUCUACAUCGACAACAACGUCUUCACCAACCACAACGUCUUCACCGACGACAACGUCGUCACCGACUACAACCUCGUCACCGACCACAACGUCUUCAUCUACUACAACAUCAUCACCGACAACAACAUCAUCACCGACCACAACAUCUUCACCUACAACAACCACGUCACCGACAACAACAUCGUCACCGACCACAACGUCGUCAACAACAACAACGUCGUCACCGACGACAACCUCGUCACCGACCACAACAUCGUCACCGACCACAACGUCUUCACCGACAACAACGUCGUCACCGACCACAACGUCGUCACCGACAACAACGUCAUCACCGACAACAACUUCGUCACCGACCACAACAUCUUCACCUACAACAACGUCGUCACCGACAACAACAUCGUCACCGACCACAACGUCGUUAACAACAACAACAUCGUCACCGACAACAACGUCUUCACCGACAACAACGUCGUCAACGACCACAACGUCGUCACCGACAACAACAUCGUCACCGACCACAACGUCGUUAACAACAACAACAUCGUCACCGACAACAACGUCUUCACCGACAACAACGUCGUCAACGACCACAACGUCGUCACCGACCACAACGUCGUCACCGACCACAACGUCGUCACCGACGACAACGUCGUCACCGACAACAACUUCGUCACCGACCACAACAUCAUCACCUACAACAACGUCGUCACCGACCACAACAUCGUCACCGACCACAACGUCGUCACCGACCACAACGUCGUCACCGACGACAACGUCAUCACCGACAACAACGUCAUCACCGACGACAACAUCAUCACCGACCACAACGUCUUCACCGACAUCAACGUCGUCACCAACCACAACAUCGUCACCGACGACCACGACGUCUUCACCGACAACAACGUUGUCACCGACCACAACAUUGUCAUCGACGACAACGUCGUCACCGACUACAACGUCGUCACCAACAACAACGUCGUCACCGACCACAACGUCUUCACCAACAACAACGUCGUCACCUACCACAACGUCGUCAUCGACCACAACGUCUUCACCAACGACAACGUCAUCUCCGACAACAACAUCGUCAUUGACGACAACGUCUUCACCGACAACAACGUCUUCACCGACGACAACGUCAUCACCGACGACAACCUCGUCACAAACGACAACGUCGUCACCAACCACAACAUCGUCACCGACGACCACAACGUCUUCACCGACAACAACUUCGUCACCAACCACAACAUCGUCACCGACGACAACGUCAUCACCGACGACAACUUCGUCACCGACAACAACAUCGUCACCGACGACAACAUCUUCACCUACAACAACAUCUUCACAUACCACAACGUCUUCACCGACAACAACGUCGUCACCGACCACAACACUGACCACUACUUCGUCACCUACAACAACAACAACCGAAUCAACAUCCCCAUCCACAACAGGUCCCCCAUGCUCUAAGGAAGAUGGAAUGGACAAGCCAUAUUACAUUCCGGCAGAAAACAUUCAUUUCCCAAAUCACGUGACACUCGAAGAAACUAGAGAUAACAUUAGGGCCACAGAGCAAGGAUCUGUUACAUUUACUGACACAAGCCUCGUUGUUGAAGUCACUAUACAGCCCGAAAACGAACUCGACUAUAUUACGCUGCCUGGUAGCCAAGGAGUAGAAAAGUUCACCGUGAACUACCUGACAGUAACCGAUGAAAACAACUGGGUUCCGCUUGCUGUUAACGGUGUUACGGAGUUCAAACCAGACAAAAAUGCAGUGUUCACGCCAUCAAGAAGUGAAAUAACAAAACUCCGAAUCGAAAUAUUCAAGGCUGAACAAGAAACGGCCGCUUCUGUAAAGCUGGUUAUAUUCGGUUGCUUCAACAAACUAUCAACCACAACUGCGUCUACAACUGCCACCACAACACCCAUUUCAGUUUGUCCAUACCCUCUCCCUCUCAAUAAUGAAACCAUUGACGCAUAUGAGGCCACAAUUGACGGUCCAGAGGGCAUUCGAGACAUAACGAGCACCAAGUCAAACACUCUUUACAACUUAGUUGGAGGAGAUUAUGUGACUUUCAAACUACCCAACAAAGUUGCACUAUCUAAAGUGCAGUUUGUAUCACAGUUUCUAAAGAGCUACCAACUUGAACUCCUGCUGAAUGAAGGGGAACUUCCUGAAAUUGUGGAUGUAAAUGUUGACUCUCCGGAUGAAGUCUCUGUUCAAACAAAGGAGUUUCCAAUGUACGAGAUGAAAGUGAUAGAUGUUACAGUGAACUUUAACAACUCAUUUGACGUGGCCAAGCGACCAUACGUCAAGAACCUUGUUGUUUUUGUUUGCGAGGAAGAAGAGAUAACAACAACAACAACGUCAACGACCACAACAACGUCAUCUACCACGACAACGUCACCAACCUCAACGUCGUCAUCGACAACAACGUCGUCACCGACCACAACCUCGUCACCGACAACAACGUCUUCAACGACCACAACGUCGUCACCGACAACAACGUCGUCACCGACCACAACAUCGUCACCGACAACAACGUCUUCUUCGACCACAACAUCAUCACCGACCACAACAUCAUCACCGACAACAACAUCAUCACCGACAACAACGUCGUCACCGACCACAACGUCGUCACCGACCACAACGUCUUCGCCGACCACAACUUCGUCACCGACAACAACGUCGUCACCGACCACAACGUCGUCACCGACCACAACCUCGUCACCGACAACAACAUCGUCACCGACCACAACCUCGUCACCGACCACAACAUCAUCACCGACCACAACAUCGUCACCAACCACAACAUCAUCACCAACCACAACGUCGUCACCGACCACAACAUCAUCACCGACCACAACGUCAUCACCGACCACAACAUCAUCACCGACCACAACGUCGUCACCGACCACAACAUCAUCACCGACCACAACAUCAUCACCGACCACAACAUCGUCACCGACCACAACAUCAUCACCGACCACAACGUCGUCACCGACCACAACAUCAUCACCGACCACAACGUCGUCACCGACCACAACAUCAUCACCGACCACAACAUCAUCACCGACCACAACCUCGUCACCGACCACAACAUCAUCACCGACCACAACGUCGUCACCGACCACAACAUCAUCACCGACCACAACAUCAUCACCGACAACAACAUCAUCACCGACCACAACAUCUUCACCGACCACAACACUAUCCCCGACCACGACACCGUCACAUAAUUGGACAUGUCAGGAGACCAAAGGGAUGGAUAACAAAGUUAUAACGCCUUCAGAGAACAUUCAAGUUGUGGGUCAAACCUCAAGUCUGUCAGAUAUUGAAAACCUUCGGGAAAAUUCAACCACCGGACCAUUUGUUGUUACUGCAAAAACAGUUAAAAUAACCAUUGUGUUUGAGAACUUCACCGAACUUGGUCGAGUUGAUCUGAUAGAUGAGAAGAACAUUGAAACCUUUAGCGUUAACUUGAUAUACAUAAAUGGGACAACUUCUGGAAAAACAACUUACAGUGGUUCGGACAUGGCGAAGUUUAAUGAAUCAGUCAAGGUUCAAGCCGUUGAAUUGACAAUAUCGAUGGGAACGCUUUCCGGAGAAGGAUCCUUCAAAUUGGACCUACGUGUUUGUUAUGUAUCGGAUCAAAGUGGCACAACGGUCCCAACAGUGACCCCUUAUAUAUCUGAACCUACGUCAACUACGACAUCAUAUACAACCUUCUCAGAAACUACAUCGACAACAACGUCGUCACCUACCACAACGACGUCACCAACUACAACGUCGUCACCGACCACAACCUCGUCACCGACAACAACGUCGUCACCGACCACAACGUCGUCACCGACAACAACGUCGUCACCGACAACAACGUCGUCACCGACCACAACGUCGUCACCGUCAACAACGUCGUCACCGACUACUACGUCGUCACCGACCACAACAUCUUCACCGACCACAACAUCAUCACCGACCACAACGUCGUCACCGACCACAACAUCAUCACCAACCACAACGUCUUCACCGACUACAACGUCUUCGCUGACAACAACGUCUUCACCGACCACAACGUCGUCACCGACCACAACGUCGUCACCGACAACAACGUCAUCACCGACAACAACUUCGUCACCGACGACAACGUCGUCACCGACCACUACGUCGUCACCGACAACAACGUCGUCACCGACAACAACGUCGUCACCGACCACAACGUCGUCACCGACAACAACGUCACCGACAACAACGUCGUCACCGACCACAACGUCGUCAUCGACCACUACGUCGUCACCGUCAACAACGUCGUCACCGACUACUACGUCGUCAUCGACCACAACGUCUUCACCGACCACAACGUCGUCACCGACCACAACAUCAUCACCGACAACAACGUCGUCACCGACCACAACAUCGUCACCGACCACAACGUCUUCAUCGACAACAACGACGUCACCGACCACAACGUCGUCACCGACCACAGCAUCGUCACCGACCACAACAUCAUCGCCGACCACAACGUCGUCACCGACCACAACAUCAUCCCCAACCACAACGUCUUCACCGACUACAACUUCUUCACUGACAACAACGUCUUCACCAACCACAACGUCGUCGCCGACAACAACGUCGUCACCGACCACAACGUCGUCACAGACCACAACUUCGUCACCGACCACAACGUCGUCACCGACCACAACGUCGUCACCAACGACAACAUCGUCACCGACAACAACGUCGUCACCGACCACAACGUCGUCACCGACAACAACGUCUUCUCCGACCACAACGUCGUCACCGACCACAACGUCUUCACCGACCACAACGUCGUCACCGACAACAACGUCGUCACCAACGACAACAUCGUCACCGACAACAACGUCGUCACCGACCACAACAUCGUCACCGACAACAACGUCUUCUCCGACCACAACAUCGUCACCGACCACAACAUCGUCACCGACAACAACGUCGUCACCGACAACAACGUCGUCAUCGACAGCAACGUCGUCACCGACCACAACGUCGUCACCGACAACAACGUCGUCACCAACGACAACAUCGUCACCGACAACAACGUCGUCACCGACCACAACAUCGUCACCGACAACAACGUCUUCUCCGACCACAACAUCAUCACCGACCACAACAUCGUCACCGACAACAACAUCAUCACCGACAACAACGUCGUCAUCGACCACAACGUCGUCACCGACCACAACGUCUUCGCCGACCACAACGUCUUCACCGACAACAACGUCGUCAACGACCACAACGUCGUCACCGACAACAACAUCGUCACCGACCACAACCUCGUCACCGACCACAACAUCAUCACCGACCACAACAUCGUCACCGACCACAACAUCAUCACCGACCACAACGUCGUCACCGACCACAACAUCAUCACCGACCACAACGUCGUCACCGACCACAACAUCAUCACCGACCACAACGUCGUCACCGACCACAACAUCAUCAUCGACCACAACAUCAUCACAAACCACAACAUCAUCACCGACCACAACGUCGUCACCGACCACAACAUCAUCACCGACCACAACGUCGUCACCGACCACAACAUCGUCACCGACCACAACGUCGUCACCGACCACAACAUCAUCACCGACCACAACUUCGUCACCGACCACAACGUCGUCACCAACUACAACGUUGUCACCGACAACAACUUCGUCACCGACCACAACGUCGUCACCGACCACAACUUCGUCACCGACCACAACUUCGUCACCGACAACAACGUCGUCACCGACAACAACGUCGUCACCGACCACAUCGUCGUCACCGACCACAACGUCUUCACCGACCACAACCUCGUCACCGACAACAACUUCGUCACCGACAACAACGUCGUCACCGACCACAACGUCGUCACCGACAACAACGUCGUCACCGACCACAACGUCGUCACCGACCACAACGUCUUCACCGACCACAACGUCGUCACCGACCACAACGUCACCGACAACAACGUCUUCACCGACCACAACGUCUUCAACGACAACAACGUCGUCACCGACCACAACGUCUUCGCCGACCACAACAUCGUCACCGACCUCAACGUCUUCACCGACCACAACUUCUUCACCUACAACAACGUCGUCAGAGACAACAACAUCGUCACCGACAACUACACCAAUUCCAAUUUGUCCAUACCCCUACCCACUCAAUAAUGAAACCAUUGACACAUAUGAGGCCACGAUCGACGGUCCAGAAGGCAUUCGAGACAUAACGAGCACGGAGUCAAGCACUGUUUACUACCCAGUGGAAGGGGACUAUGUGGCUUUCAAACUUCCCUACAAAGUUGCUCUAUCUAAAAUACAGUUCACAUCACAGUAUCUUAAGAGCUACCAAAUAGUGCUCUUGUUUAACGCUGGGGAACUUCCUGAAAUUUUGGAAGUGCCUGUUGACUUCCCGUAUGAAGUUUCUGAGCAAAAGAAAGAGUUCCCAAUGUACGAGAUGAAUGUCACAGAAGUAACAGUGAACUUUACAGAAUUUGUUGACGUGGCAGAGAAACCGUACGUCCAGAACCUUGCUGUUUAUGUUUGCGGCGAAGAAGAGGAACAAACAACCACAACGUCGUCACCUACCACAACGUCGUCACCUACCACAACGUCGUCACCGACCACAACGUCGUCACCUACCACAACGUCGUCACCUACAACAACGUCUUCACCGACCACAACGUCUUCACCGAGCACAACGUCGUCACCUACAACAACGUCUUCACCGACCACAACGUCUUCACCAACCACAACGUCGUCACCUACAACAACGUCUUCAUCGACCACAACGUCUUCACCGACCACAACGUCGUCACCAACCACAACGUCGUCACCUACAACAACGUCUUCACCGACCACAACGUCUUCACCGACCACAACGUCGUCACCAACAACAACGUCGUCACCGACCACAACAUCGUCACCUACAACAACGUCUUCACCGACAACAACAUCAUCACCGACCACAACGUCGUCACCUACCACAACAUCGUCACCUACAACAACGUCUUCACCGACCACAACCUCGUCACCGACCACAACGUCUUCACCGACCACAACGUCGUCACCGACCACAACGUCGUCACCGACAACAACGUCUUCACCUACAACAACGUCGUCACCGACCACAACGUCGUCACCGACCACAACGUCGUCACCUACAUCAACGUCUUCACCGACCACAACGUCGUCAUCAACAACAACGUCGUCACCGACCACAACAUCGUCACCUACAACAACGUCGUCACCGACAACAACAUCAUCACUGACAACAACGUCGUCACCGACCACAACAUCGUCACCUACAUCAACGUCUUCACCGACCACCACGUCGUCACCGACAACAACAUCGUCACCAACAACAACUUCGUCACCGACCACAACGUCGUCACCGACAACAACGUCAUCACCGACCACAACGUCAUCACCGACAACAACGUCGUCACCGACCACAACAUCGUCACCGACAACAACGUCGUCACCAACAACAACUUCGUCACCGACUACAACGUCGUCACCUACAACUACGUCGUCACCGACCACAACGUCUUCACCGACCACCACGUCGUCACCGACAACAACGUCGUCACCAACAACAACUUCGUCACCGAGCACAACGUCGUCACCGACAACAACGUCAUCACCGACCACAACGUCAUCACCGACAACAACGUCGUCACCGACCACAACGUCUUCACCGACCACCACGUCGUCACCGACAACAACGUCGUCACCAACAACAACGUCCUCACCGACCACAACGUCGUCACCGACAACAACGUCAUCACCGACCACAACGUCCUCACCGACAACAACGUCGUCACCGACAACAACGUCGUCACCGACCACAACGUCGUCACCUACAACAACGUCGUCACCGACCACAACGUCGUCACCAACAACAACGUCGUCACCAACAACAACAUCGUCACCUACAACAACGUCGUCACCGACCACAACGUCGUCACCAACAACAACGUCGUCACCGACAACAACAUCGUCACCUACAACAACGUCGUCACCGAAAACAACAUCAUCACCAACAACAACGUCGUCACCUACAACAACGUCGUCACCGACCACAACGUCUUCACCGACCACCACGUCGUCACCGACCACAACGUCGUCACCGACAACAACGUCGUCACCUACAACAACGUCGUCACCGACAACAACAUCAUCACUGACAACAACGUCGUCACCGACCACAACAUCGUCACCUACAUCAACGUCGUCACCGACCACAACAUCGUCACCGACCACAACGUCGUCACCGACCACAACGUCUUCACCGACCACAACAUCUUCACCGACCACAACGUCGUCACCGACCACAACGUCUUCACCGACCAAAACGUCGUCACCGACAUCAACGUCGUCACCGACCACAACAUCGUCACCGACAACAACGUCGUCACCAACAACAACUUCGUCACCGACCACAACGUCUUCACCGACCACCACGUCGUCACCGACAACAACGUCGUCACCAACAACAACGUCCUCACCGACCACAACGUCGUCACCGACAACAACGUCAUCACCGACCACAACGUCCUCACCGACCACAACGUCGUCACCGACAACAACGUCGUCACCGACCACAACGUCGUCACCUACAACAACGUCGUCACCGACCACAACCUCGUCACCAACAACAACGUCGUCACCGACAACAACAUCGUCACCUACAACAACGUCGUCACCGACCACAACGUCGUCACCAACAACAACGUCGUCACCGACAACAACAUCGUCACCUACAACAACGUCGUCACCGACAACAACAUCAUCACCGACCACAACGUCGUCACCUACAACAACGUCGUCACCGACCACCACGUCGUCAACGACCACAACGUCGUCACCGACAACAACGUCGUCACCUACAACAACGUCGUCACCGACAACAACAUCCUCACUGACAACAACGUCGUCACCGACCACAACAUCGUCACCUACAUCAACGUCGUCACCGACCACAACAUCGUCACCGACCACAACGUCGUCACCGACCACAAUGUCGUCACCGACCACAACGUCUUCACCGACCACAACGUCGUCACCGACCACCACUUCGUCACCGACAUCAACGUCGUCACCGACCACAACAUCGUCACCGACAACAACGUCGUCACCAACAACAACUUCGUCACCGACCACAACGUCGUCACCUACAACAACGUCGUCACCGACCACAACAUCUUCACCGACCACCACGUCGUCACCGACAACAACGUCGUCACCAACAACAACGUCGUCACCGACCACAACGUCGUCACCGACAACAACGUCAUCACCGACCACAACGUCAUCACCGACAACAACGUCGUCACCGACCACAACGUCUUCACCGACCACCACGUCGUCACCGACAACAACGUCGUCACCAACAACAACGUCCUCACCGACCACAACGUCGUCACCGACAACAACGUCAUCACCGACCACAACGUCCUCACCGACAACAACGUCGUCACCGACCACAACGUCGUCACCGACAACAACUUCGUCACCGACCACAACAUCAUCACCGACAACAACGUCGUCACCGACCACAACAUCUUCACCGACCACAACAUUAUCAUCGACCACAACGUCGUCACCGACCACAACGUCGUCACCGACAACAACAUCGUCACCGACCACAACGUCUUCACCGACCACAACGUCGUCACCGACAACAACGUCGUCACCGACAACAACAUCUUCGCCGACCACAACUUCGUCACCGACAACAACGUCGUCACCGACCACAACGUCUUCACCGACAACAACGUCGUCACCGACCACAACAUCAUCACCGACAACAACGUCGUCACCGACCACAACGUCGUCACCGACCACAACGUCGUCACCGACCACAACGUCAUCACCGACAACAACGUCGUCACCGACCACAACUUCUUCACCGACCACAACACCAUCCUCGACCACGACACCGUCACAAAAUUGGACAUGUCAAGUGACCAAAGGGAUGGAUGACACAGUUAUAAUACCUUCAGAGAACAUUAAAGUUGAGGGUCAAUCCUCAAGUCUGUCCGAUAUUGAAAACCUUCGGGAAAAUUCAACCACCGGACCAUUUGUUGUUACUGCAAAUAAGGUUACAAUAACCAUUGUGUUCAAGAACUUCACCGAGCUGGGUCGUGUUGAUCUGGUAGAUGAGAAGAACAUUGAUACAUUUAGCGUUAACUUGAUAUACAUAAAUGGGACAACUUCUGGAGAAACAACUUACAAAGGUUCGGAAAUGGCGAAGUUCAAAGAUGCAGUGGAUGUUGGAUCCGUCGUAUUGACAAUAUCGAUGGGAACGCUUUCCGGAGAAGGAUCCUUCAAAUUAGAUCUACGUGUUUGUUAUGAACCGGGUCAAAGUGGCACAACUGUCCCAACAGUGACCCCUAUUAUAUCUGAACCUACGUCAACUACGACAUCAUAUACAACCUUCUCAGAAACUACAUCGACAACAACGUCGUCACCGACCACAACGUCGUCACCGACAACAACGUCAUCACCGACAACAACGUCGUCACCGACAACAACGUCUUCACCGACCACAACGUCGUCACCGACCACAACGUCUACACCGACAACAACGUCGUCACCGACAACACCGUCAUCACCGACAACAACGUCGUCACCGACAACAACGUCUUCACCGACAACAACGUCGUCACCGACCACAACGUCUACACCGACAACACCGUCGUCACCGACAACAACGUCGUCACCGACCACAACGUCGUCACCGACAACAACAUCGUCACCGACCACAACGUCUUCACCCACCACAACUUCAUCACCGACAACAACAUCUUCACCGACCACAACUUCAUCACCGACAACAACAUCUUCACCGACCACAACUUCAUCACCGACCACAACGUCUUCACCGACCACAACGUCGUCACCGACAACAACGUCUUCACCGACCACAACGUCUACACCGACCACAACUUCGUCACCGACCACAACGUCUUCACCGACCACAACGUCGUCACCGACCACAACUUCGUCACCGACAACAACGUCGACAUCGACCACAACGUCGUCACCGACAACAACGUCGUCACCGACCACAACAUCAUCACCGACAACAACAUCUUCACCGACCACAACUUCGUCACCGACAACAACAGUGACCACAUCGUUUUCAUCAUCUACGACCGCAUCUACAAUAACAUCUACUUUAUCGACAACAGUUACAACACCGUCUGUUUGUUACGUCAAUUUUACACAUAUAGUGGUAUCACCAAAUGCAAAUGUGUUUGGUUACAUUGAGAAGGAUGGAAAACCGGGAUUUACCGACGAUAAAGAAGCGGUGUAUUCUGGUCAUACUAUUGAGGCUGGUGUCAUCGUUCAUGUCCAAUGCAAGAAUUGUGAGUGUUCAGAUGAUGGUCAAUUGACAUGUAUCGACAAUGAGAUUUGCGACUGCCAGUACGGCCCCUGGAGUGACUGGAGUGGAUGUUCCGUCACGUGCGGAGCCGGAUGGAGUUCAAGGUCACGGCAGAAGGUUGCGGGCGGCAUUUUGUGUAAGGAGGAAGAAGUAGACGAAACAAAAACUCCAUGUGAGGAUACCACAUGCCCAACUACAACACCAACGUGUUCACAAUGGUCUUCAUGGACAGAAUGUGACUGCUCGACUAACUCUAAAUCAAGAUCACGUGUUGGUGAUUGUGAUAGCUUGUAUGAAACCGAAGUGUGCAACGAUGGAUGCUCCACAACACCUUUCUGCACGGACGGAAGGGAACCUGUCCCGUGUGUAUCUGUAUGUGACGAUUCCUGUCAAGCAAUAAGGCUGCCUGACUCCUGCAUAGACACAGAUGAUUGCAUACCGGGAUGUCAAUGUCCACCAGGAAUGCGUUGGGACAAUGGACACUGCAUCAAUGAAACCGACUGUCCCUGCUAUGACGAAGAUGGUGUCCCUGUGAUAACAGGCUUCACCAGGUCACCAAACCCUGCCAAUCCUUGUGAAAUAUGCACUUGCAAUGAAUUCAACCAGUUCAGUUGCACCGAGGAUCCGUUCUGCUGCUCUCCGAGGGAAUGGACCGAUUGGUCUCAAUGUUCAACGACAUGCGGGCCUGGCAUUAUGAGGAGAACGCGUGUUCUGGACGGACCGGGUUGUGACGAGGAGGAAACCGAACAGACGACGCCUUGCGAGGUCGAAGAAUCAUGUGGUCCUGAUUGUGAACCCGACUACAAAGUUGGUGAUGUCAUGUCAAACUGCACGUGCGAAAUAUGUUAUUGUGCUGGAGACGGUUCUAAGUCGUGUGUCUCUAAGGAGGACGAGAAUGUUGACGGAGGACUCAGCUCAUGGUCUGAGUGGAGCGAAUGUUCCAAGGUGUGUGACGGCGGCCGACGAACCCGCCAUCGGACAUGUUCUAACCCGCUGCCGCGGUGUUCCGGGGCCGCCUGCUCAGGUCCUAUGAUCGAGUCGGAACUCUGCAAUACUGAGGUCUCCUGUUGCGAUGUCAACGACUGGAGUGCCUGGAGUGACUGCAGCAGCAAUUGUGGACCAGGCAACAUGACCAGAACCAGAGACCUUGUCAACCCAUCAGAUGUGUGUGAUAAAUACCUGGAAGAAACCGUACCGUGUACUGGAGUGGAACCUUGUGACGAAGAUUGUAAGGUUAGCGAGUGGACUAACUGGACGCCGUGUAACGUGCUCUGCGGUAUCGGAACACAGAUACGGGAACGUGUGAUCACCGCUGGUGAACCCGGCAUCUGUGGUGACCUUGACUUUGUCGAAGAACAGAUCUGCUUCAGAAGCGACUGCACGUGUGAACCUCCACAAGUAUGGAAGAACGACUCGCUGUGCCAUUCGCAAACAUGUGAAGAUAUGCUGAUCGACGCGUCCUGCUCAGACCAGCUGCUGCCUGCCUGCGUGUGCCCCGAGGAUAUGUACCUGAAAGACGGAGAAUGUGUUGUCAUAGCGGACUGUUACACGUGUGUGGUGGACGGGGAUGUGAAGAAGAGCGGAGAAAUCUGGUCGCCAACCGGAACAUGUGACGUCUGCCAGUGUGUAAUGGGAGAAGUUCAGUGCGAACGAGUCAUGGAGGAACCCGUGUGUGAAGAAGGAGAGGAGAUCACUUAUGACGACGGCCCCUGCUGUCCGAGGUGCCAGCCAAUUCCUCCCACCUGCCAACUUCGAAACAAAACGGAGACCAUUAACUACGAGAACUGCCGCUCCACCUCCGAGCUCACAUACAGCUACUGCGCCGGCUCGUGCGGCGAGAGCAAGUCUAAGCCACAUCUGACUCUGUCGAACGGGGAUCCGCCUUCAACGGACAACGAAUGUAGUUGUUGCCAGGGUAUUCCCGGAGGAAACCAGGAGGUCGAAAUGCGUUGCGAGAACGCCGACGGAACUGUGGAAACCGUGGUCGCCUUCAUGCCGACGCUAACAGCAUGUCUAUGUGACAUGUGCGGGUAGAGCUCGUUCUACGUUUCCGGAAGUGACAUGAACAGCUCGUAGUGAAAAGAAAAUGAACACAAAAGGAACAAUAUAUGUGUUAAACUUUGUUAACUGUUGUUACUUGUGAAUGAAGAUUACCCUUUCGUUAAGUUUUUGUUUAUUAAUUCUAUGGAUAAUUAUGCACAUAAAUUUUACGCUCUGA